UUCAAAAACAUUUGUCUUCAUUUGUAAUUUUCUCAGAUGAAUUUAGAGUAUACUUCCAAAAUUAUCUGGUAAUCUAAGACAAUGACCAACAAUUCCACUGUGAGGAAGGUGAUGCAAGUAUCCGAGGAGGCGGCACCAGCUGUGCACAUUCCUAUAUUGGUGGGCAAUGAAAAGUUUGUGCUUACACAGCAGGACAUUCGACGAGUGGAGGACAUCCGGAUGUUAACAUACAAUCGCCUGGCGCCCAAUGGGCAGUUUUAUCCCGUGGAUUUGUCUUUAACAGCUCUGGAGCCCUACUCCCUGCCCACCACCUCGAUUUUCUGCACCCUUGACGAUCUUAUCGCCCGGUCCUUGACAAAAAGAGUCAAGUUGGAUCUGAACAAGGACCCCGGUGAGAAUGAGAAGCUCUCGACCAAAGCUCCAUGCCCGAUCCUGCAGCAAAUCCCCUGCCGGACAGUUGCCAGUGUUUCCACUCAACUGGGCUGGUCCAAGAUAAAAGCGGAAUCGGAUCCCGUUUUUCCACUGCGGUACAGCUCUGGCACCUCCACUUGCGGGUUGAUGUCGACCACACAAACCCAGACUAGUUCUAUCAAAACUCAACCAAGUUUAAGUCCUAGGCCAAAUCCGAUAGGGAAGAAGGAGUCGCCAGGACUCGUGAGUUGCCAAACUCAGACUAGUCCCAGUCAAACUUCGAUUGUGAAGAAGGAGCCAAAGAACUCGACUUGCCAAACGCAACCCAUUACAACCUCUACGGGCUGCAAUACCUCAGCGAGCCACCUUAUGGGAAAGAUCACCACCGAGUCAUAUGUAUCGGAUGUAAGUGAAUAUACAUCGGAGGAGGAGACCACUCAUCCCUGUCCGCGCUGCAAAUCGCAACAAACUUGCACAGAACACGACCUGAUAGUGCAGCAACAACGUCCACUUCUGACCCCCAGAUGUCCGUUGGAGCAGCCUUGCACAUCGCGUCAAAUACACUUUGAUUUCUGUUCUCAAGAAGGGAAAUCCUGUACCCAGCAAAUGAACAAGCUCCAAAAACAGGAGGAUCAGGGCUUUUAUAGGACAGUUCCAUUGAGUAGAUCUCUUUAUAAACAAACUCUCAGCAAAGCUCCAGACUCCAAGCCAAGAAAAACACUAACAUACGACUUGAAAGGUCCUAUCGAGAUAAAUCCUAACUACGAGGAACUGGUGCGGGAGCACAGUAAGAAGGAUUCAGCACACGCCAACAAACAGUUGUGAUGUUACACUUAACUAUUUUCUUCUCUAUUACUUUUUAUAUUUAUAACAUUUACUUCCCCUAUUAUUUGUAUAACAUUGCAAAUAGUAUUACAAUUUGUAUGAUAAGGAAAACUGCGCGAAUCGAUGCAAACAUAAUAGAUUUCAGUUUUAAAAAAUUUUACGGUCAAUAAUAUAAAUAACCAAAAACGUGAGGUUAUAAAAAUAUAAUAUA